AUGACUGUCGAUUCGACGGGGAAGAAAGCAGUAGUAGCUUCCCAAAGUGUGAAGUGUUCGUAUGAGGUUAAAGAACAGCCAGGGGUCGUGGGUGAAUCGAAGGAGGAAGAACCUGAUUACUCCCCUCAACAAGAGGAAGGAGAGCCUGGAUACUACCCCCAGUCUGAAGAGGAGUUUGAUGAAGACAUGUACGACGAAACCAAUGAUGACAUCUAUGGUGAUGACUUCGUUGUAUACUGCAACAUCGUAUCGGUAUUGUCGGCUGAAUACAACAUGGCUAUGAAAGGCCAAAUUGUAGGAUAUUUCAUAGUGGAUCAUGCUAUGAUUGAACCUUCACUAAACAUGGUUGACACAAACCCGUGGCGGUUAUAUUUCGAUGGGUCAAGCCACAAAGAUGGAACAGGGGUUGGGGUGUUGAUAUCAUCCCCACAGGAUGUUCCGACAAGGUUCAAGUGCAGAAUCGACAAAAAAUGCUCCAAUAAUAAGGCUGAGUAUGAGCCCUUAAUAACUGGUCUUCGAAUCUUGAAAGAAUUGGGAGCCAGUAGAAUCGAGGUGAGAGGAGAUUUGGAGUUGGUAAUCAAGCAAGUCACACAAGAAUACAAAUGCAUAAAGGAAAAUUUGUUGAAGUAUUUCGUGACGACAACACAACUGUUGGAGUACUUUGAGGUCACCGAGAUUACGCAUGUGUCGAGAAAUGAGAACCAAGAAGCCAACGAUCUAGCCCAGAACGCUUAUGGGUAUAAGAUGUCGAAGUCGAGAUUCCAGGACUUUAAUGAAGUUCGGGAGUAG